AUGGACCUUCAUCGGACGGCUUUUAAACUGGACAGCUCUCCUUACGUGCCAAGCUCGAUGGCGUCUCCCGCCCUCAUGGUCCUGGCGUCGACCGCAGAGUCCGACCGCGAGUCGGUCAUACCCUGCCAGCCCCCGCGCCCGUUCGGCAUCCCGGCCUCCCUGGAGAAGGACCUCCGGCUCCCGUUUCCCGGCGGCUCGUACACGUUUUCUUCUGUGUACCACCGACAGGGGGGUUUCAACCCACGGGACUUUCCUGCCACGCUGCUCCACCUGCACCCGCACUUCGCCCCGGCUCCGCUGGGCGUGCUCGGUCACGCGGGGGUGGGCGCGUUCCGCUCGUUCGCCUCGCCGGUGGAGGACCGAGACGCAGGGAUCUAUCACUCCGCUUUCCUCCCUGCCAAGAGGCUGAAGGGAUAUCUGGAGCCCGAAGCGCCGCCUCGUCUGAGGUACGUCGACGCUGAGGGGAAGGGGUUUGACUUCGGGGCGAACCAAGUGCCCACUGGGUCUCCCGGUGCCCUAAAAAGUGCAGAGGAUUCUGGGAAAAAGAGGUUCAGUGUAUCAGGGCUGCUGGAGGCCUCAUGUAGUCCUGAGGAGCAGAAGGACGGAUGUACGUUGAAGUACAUGUGUGAUAUCCAGACUCCCGUGUGUCCCGUCUGUCACCUUGUACUUCGUACUGAUGAGCUGCAGGAGCAUGUGGAGCUGGAGAUGGAGAAACUCACCCAACUUCACCUCAGUGGGGGCCCCUCACAGACUGAGUGUGUCUCAGCUGGGUUUCCUCAGUCUGGAUUUCCAGGCCAUAUUAAGAGAGAAGGAGGUUUGUCUGUUUCGUCCCCCGGUCCUGCUGAUGAGGCCGUGCAUUCGGACAGGUACCAGACGUUUUUACGAGUUCAAUCCAACAGACAAACCAGACUCAGCGCUCGGAUUGGGAAGCUGAAGAGAAGAAAAACAGAGGAAGAGCAGCAGCGAGACGGCGUGUGUGUGGUGGAGGAGAGCUCGGUAGGAGGAGAUGAGUACGAGUGGAGUGAACAGAGGAGGCACGUGGUGUCCAUCAUAACCGGCUUUAGAGGUUUGGUGAGCAGCAUGUCGAGGGAGCAGCCGGACAGCGACGUGGACCUGGACGUGGAUGGAGAUGAGCUGAGUUACGGCCGAGCGCAAUACACAGAGGCGGACGUGAUCCCGAACAUCAGAGACUCCGAGGAUACUGAGAAGAAUUUAAACGGGGACGCGGCGGGUCGGAUCUCCCCGGAACACAAGUGGUCCACGUCAGAUGCUCCGUCUACAAGUAACGAAGAGCACGGUUGGCCGGGCGGAAGCAUGAGCGCGUCUUCAUCCUGCAAGAGCUGUCAGCUUGAAAUGCCGUCCGACGAGUCACUCGACAUCCUGGAAGCCCUGAAGUCGCGGAUCCGAGAUCUGGAGAAGCAGCUGACUCGAGGAGACCGGAUCAAAUGUCUUAUCUGCAUGGACUCGUACGCGAUACCUCUGGCGUCCAUUCAGUGUUGGCAUGUUCACUGUGAGGAGUGUUGGCUCCGAACGCUGGGAGCAAAGAAGUUGUGUCCACAGUGCAACACCAUCACCUCACCGGGUGACCUGCGACGUGUGUAUUUGUGA